UAGUCCAUUGAGUUUCACGAUUAAUUGGGUUUCCUAGAGAGAGAAAAACAGAGCGUGGUAGUACGGUUGCGUUGUGGUGUGAGCUCCGGCGAUUUGCACAACCGCUCACUCGACUGUUAUUCAAUCUGUGAAAUCACCGCCGGUUUGAUUCCGGUGCCCUGACUCUCAUCGGAAUUCAGUUUCCAAUCUCCGGCGGAGAAUUUCCCAUGCGGAAUUCAUCGCGAUGACCCGCCGUAACACUUCUGGAAUAUCCUUGUUCGUCCUUCCUGUAAUUUUCAUUCUCCUUGCUUAUUUCCUCUACCCCGACAAGCACACCCCGAAUUCGCCAGACUCUGCGGCGGAGAGACCCCCGGCGAAGAAUCACAUAAUCCGAUUUCUGCAGUACAAGAAAGCGGAGGAGCUUAGGGAGUAUCUGGAACGCAAUGUGAAAUCGGGAGGGUGGGAAUGGGUCGAGCGGCGCAACCCAGCGAUGAAGUUCCCCACUGAUUUUGCCCUCGUGUCGAUCGAGGAGCAGCGCGAGGAGUUUUUAGUUGGGGAGUUUGACAAAUUGUUGCUGGUGAAAGAUGUUACGCCGGAUUCCUGCUACCGGGGGGAGGUUCUUGAGGAGAAAGCCGUUGGGGCGUUUGUGGAUGGGAAGAAAAGACCUGGCAAGAUUUUUACAGCCAUGUCAUUUGGGGAAGGGGAGCCCCCCGCCGCUGUGGUGCCGAACACUAGCAGUGUCAGAAUUAGCUGGAGGAGGAAUCUCAUGGCACAGAAAUCUCAAGUUACAUCCUUGUUUGGAGCAGAUGCUCUCUGGAAGAAAGGGUAUACUGGUGCCAAAGUGAAGAUGGCUAUUUUUGAUACUGGUAUUCGUGCUGAUCACCCACAUUUUCGUAAUAUAAAGGAACGCACUAACUGGACCAGUGAAGAUACCUUAAAUGAUAAUCUUGGGCAUGGGACGUUUGUGGCUGGAGUUAUUGCAGGUCAAGAUGCGGAAUGUCUUGGCUUCGCUCCAGAUGCUGAAAUAUAUGCAUUUCGGGUGUUUACUGAUGCACAGGUAUCAUACACUUCCUGGUUUCUUGAUGCAUUCAAUUAUGCAAUUGCGUCCCAGAUAGAUGUGUUGAAUUUGAGUAUUGGUGGACCUGACUAUCUGGAUCUCCCAUUUGUUGAGAAGGUUUGGGAAAUUACAGCAAAUAAUAUUAUCAUGGUAUCAGCAAUUGGAAAUGAUGGACCACUUUAUGGGACUUUAAACAAUCCUGCCGACCAAAGUGAUGUUAUUGGUGUUGGUGGCAUUGAUUACAGUGAUCAUAUAGCAUCAUUUUCAUCACGUGGCAUGAGUACUUGGGAGAUUCCUCAUGGGUAUGGUCGUGUGAAGCCUGAUGUAGUUGCAUAUGGCCGGGAAAUUAUGGGAUCCAAGAUUAGUACAGGUUGUAAAAGCUUAUCAGGCACCAGUGUAGCAAGUCCUGUGGUUGCUGGAAUAGUGUGCCUUCUUGUUAGUGUCAUUCCUGAAAAUGUUAGGAAAGCAAUUUUAAAUCCGGCAAGUAUGAAACAAGCACUAGUUGAAGGUGCCUCAAAGCUCUCGGGUCCUAACAUGUAUGAGCAGGGAGCAGGCAGGGUUGAUCUACUGGAAUCUUAUGAAAUUUUGAGGAGUUACAAACCUCGAGCAACUAUAUUUCCUAGUGUCCUUGACUACACGGAUUGCCCCUAUUCUUGGCCUUUUUGCCGUCAACCAUUGUAUGCUGGGGCAAUGCCUGUGAUCUUCAAUACCACCAUAUUGAACGGGAUGGGUGUAAUUGGCUAUGUUGGUGGCCCUCCAGUAUGGCAUCCCUCCAAUGAAGAAGGGAAUCUUCUCAGCAUUCACUUUACCUACUCAAAUGUUAUUUGGCCUUGGACGGGUUUUCUGGCGCUUUACCUGCAAAUCAAAGAGGAAGGAGUGCAUUUUUCUGGUGAAAUAGAAGGCAAUGUAACUGUCAAUAUUUACAGUCCCCCAGCUCCUGGUGAGAAAAAUACUCGAAGAAGCACCUGUGUCCUUCAUCUUAGACUAAAAGUUAUUCCUACUCCUCAAAGAUCGAUGAGGAUCUUAUGGGACCAAUUUCAUAACAUCAAAUAUCCACCAGGGUAUAUCCCAAGGGAUUCCUUGGAUGUUAGAAAUGACAUUCUUGACUGGCAUGGAGACCACCUGCAUACAAAUUUCCACAUCAUGUUUAACAUGUUACGGGAUGCAGGAUAUUAUGUAGAGACUCUUGGCUCGCCUUUUACUUGCUUUGAUGCCAACCAAUAUGGGACACUUCUCUUGGUGGAUCUUGAAGAUGAGUAUUUUCCUGAAGAAAUACAAAAAUUAAAAGAUGAUGUUAUAUAUAAUGGUCUAGGUCUUGCCGUGUUUGCUGAUUGGUACAAUGUGGAGUCCAUGAUGAAGAUGAAGUUUUUUGAUGAUAAUACAAGAAGCUGGUGGACUCCUGUCACCGGCGGUUCCAAUGUUCCUGCUCUGAAUGAUCUAUUGGCACCAUUUGGUAUAGCUUUCGGAGACAAGAUUUUAAAUGGUGAUUUUGUCAUUAAUGGAGAGCAGAGUCGAUAUGCAUCAGGAACCAAUAUUGUGAAGUUCCCAGAAGGUGGAUACCUACACAGCUUCCCAUUCAUGGAUAGCUCGGAGAGCGGGGCUACUCAAAAUCUACUGCUAUCUGGCAUGAAUAAGGUGUAUUCUCCUAUUCUAGGCCUGUUGGAGUUUGGUGGCAAGAUUGCUGUCUACGGAGAUUCCAACUGUCUGGACAGCAGCCAUAUGGUCACAAAUUGUUACUGGCUUCUAAAAAAGAUGUUAGAUUUUACGUCACUGAAUAUCAAAGAUCCCAUGCUUUUCUCCGAUUCAGCUAGACAAGACAAAACACUUCAUGUGGACAACAACCAACUACCCUCCCGCAGAACAGAUGUGAAUUUCUCAAUGUACUCAGCAGUCGUCAAUAAGGAACUGAUCUGUAGGAGUGAUUCCAGGUUCGAAGUGUGGGGUACGAAAGGCUAUGAUUUGCAUGUCAGGGGAAGAAACCGCAGAUUGCCCGGGUAUGCUUCCAUUGAUUUGGGCAGAGGUUUAAACUCUACUCGAGAACUUCCACUUAAGAGAUUUGAAUUCAGUAGAAUGAAGGACGAUAAUUCUUUAGGGAACAAGUAUCUCGGCUACUUAUACAGUGAUGACCUUGAUUUUCCGGUACUGGUUGCUAGUCAUUGGCUUAUCCCUGCUGUCGUUGCUAUUUUAGGACUUGUGCUCCUCUGGAGUUUCUGGAAAAUUAGGCAGAAGCGACGAAGGAGGAGAAAAGGAUCUUUUGUAAUCCGUUCUGCUAUUCCGUAAUACUGACGAAGUACGCCAUCAUUCUCUACAUAGUCAUGCGAUACUAUAGAGGGCAAGAUUGGCUGUUCUGCACUUGAGGAAAAUAAACAUGUACUACUGUCAAGUGUCACCCUAAUUUUCUUGAGCAUGAAACUUGCAAUUACAGGUGAUCAAAUCCUUGAGUGCUUUCUUCAGCAGAAUUUUGCUAUUGGAAAAUUAGUGAAAUUUGUUGGAUUGAAAUCCUAUUAGGUAACUUCCACUUUGAAGUGAAAUUUUGAAUUCUAGGAGGCAAUCUAUGGUGUAAUGUUUGAGAGUGAUAUC